ACUAGAAAAUGCAAUUUCAUCAGGGAAAAACAAACAAAGAAACAAAAAAGCCACAAGAGCUUGUUUGAAAGUCUAUCGAAAAACACGUGAAAAUACAUGACCAUCUGCGAAAGAAGACAGUUGUGGUUUCUUCAUGAUCGCGAAGCCACUCGCCGAUAGAUAACUGCAGCCUGUUUAUCCGACAUGAAGAAUAUAAAUCACCAGCAACCAGCUACAAAUACAGGCUAUGCAGCCAUUCACUUCAACAAUCGAUGCUUCUUCUCUUGUUCAGCAAAACCAGCUGAUGGCUUCAAACAACUUCAUAACAAGCGACCGAGGUAAUAGUUUUUCUCCAUUGUUCUUACUUUUGUAACUGCACCAAAAAUCCAAUUUCACAGUAAUUUCGACGGUUGCACUUAAAAAUUCUUUUUCUUCACAUUAUCUGCGAGGUUUUUGUAGGUGUCCUGCUGUGUAAAAUCCUACAAUCCUGAUGAGUUUUUAUAAGUAUUCAUCGCUGUAAUGUUUUGAUUUUUUUAUUCAUCCAGUCCGUUUGCGCGUUGACAGUUUUGAUAGACGUGUGACGUGUGAAUAGCGGAAGUCCGUUGUCUUUUCCGGUUUGUUUUAACAAAAUCAAGUGGGGGAAAUUCAUCGAGAUUUUGAGGGCGUUUUUAAUAAAACAAUUAUUCCACUCGCGCUUGUUGGAUAUGAGAUGAUUAUAGCCAACUCGGCGCUACACGCCUCGUUGACUAUCUAGCAUCUCAUAUUCAACGCGCCCUCGUGGAAAUAUUGUUAAUUAUACAAGAUUCUGCAAAGAUGCCUUAAAACCUGUGUUUUGAUUUGUUUUUCUCAUUUGUGUAGAAUCACGAUCCGAGCAAGCUUAAAUGGCGCGUUGAAUGGUGCCUCAGUAUACCACCCAACGGCCCUGAAAUCGCUCCCCCCGGAACCCCAGCAGUGGUACUGAAGACGAAAAUGUUAUUCUUUGUAAGUGUAUUACCUCCAUUAUUUUCUUUAAGUUUAAUUUUCAGCUCUACAGUGCGGCUGCGACACUUGAAUGAUUUCCUUCAUUGCGACCUGUUCAGUUAGCUUCUCCAUCAGUACUUCUCAUCUACAACCCGUACGACCUUCUUGAUAAUAGUGAAGUUAAAAUCUGUUUGCUGUAAAUGGGUUGCUGAUGCAUCUUGAAAAAGUCAAAAUUUUACUAUUCAUUUUCAGUAGCUACGAGUAAGCCGUGUAGCUUGAAGACUUUUGAACUUUCCACAUACUUUUUUUCUUAAAUUCAGUAAUAAAAACAUACAUACAUACAUACUUUGUGGGGACGUAGGUUUUGUCCUCACAGUGACAAAGGUCCCCACAAAGUCAUUCUACUGCUAUACCGAAGUCCCCAUAAGUCAUGUGGGAUACAUACAUACGUACAUACAUACAUACAUACAUACAUACAUACAUACACACAUACAUACAUACAUACAUACAUACAUACAUACAUACAUACAUACAUACAUACAUACAUACAUACAUACAUCAGGGUCCGAAAUUAACUUUUUAAUACGGGCGCCAACUGGCGAUCAAGUAUAAAUUUUUGGUCGCCAGAGGGCAAAUUGUGGUCGCCAAAAAUUUCCCCUCUCUAUUUUUCAAAUAAAAGUUUAAACACGAAUAAAAUGCAUGGUAUGGACGUUUUUAUGCUCAAAAAUGGCACUACUUUCGCUCCCGAUACCAGAAAGCAACCGUACGUGUACGAGUGAAGUCUUAUUUUUUCCACAAAUUACUUUUUGGAGAUAUAAAGCUGUCUGACCUAGAACGCAGGAACAGAAAACUGUCUGCCCAUAACUGCACUGAUCAUAUCAAAACUCUAUUUUCUUUCGAUAACUACCACGAAACACGAAACAUAAACACGAGUCAAGCCGCGAUGCCCAUAUCACUGUGACAGUACCAGGCCACAACUGUGCCACAUUACUCGUACCAGUCCACAACGUACAUAACGUAAUUACCGUAUUUCAGCUGAAAACAACAUAGCGGCUUGGAAACGUUCAACUCGUAUUGAUCGUAGCUGUUGUGGAGGUAUUAUUCUGAUUAUUACAGGAAGAUUCGUUUCACUUUUAGAUAAAAAAUAUCACCAGGACAAAAAGUAAGACACCUGUUGUCAAAUAGCUUCGAGGUUUCAAUUCUUAAUCAGUUUCUCCGAACCUUAAAGUCCACAAUAACAACUAACUUUACAAGUCGCUAGCUGGCGACCAGCUAUUAAAUUCUGGUCGCCAGGACUAAAUUUUUAGUCGCACUGGCGACCAGGAAGGCGCAAUUUCGGACCCUGUACAUACAUACAUACAUACAUACAUACAUACAUACAUACAUACAUACAUACAUACAUACAUACAUACAUACAUACAUACAUACAUACAUACAUACAUACAUACGUUUUAUUGAGUCUCUCUUUACUGGGCAAUUAACUAAUUACAUGAAAUUAUAGGAAUAAGAUCUAAGAUCCAAUCUAUGUAUUCGUUAAAAAUACUAUUAAAACAGUAAAUCAGAUAGAUAAUAACUAAUGACAUUAAAUAUACAAUUAGCCAAUCUUUUCUUAAAAACCUUAAUGUCUUUAAUGCCCUUAAAGUCCUUAGGCAGGUCAUUCCACCGUUUAGCUCCGCGAAAGUAAAAACCUCGUUGCCCCGCUGACAACCUGCAGCGUGGAAGGCUCAAGUCUCCAGACCCUCUUAAAUUUCUACUAUGGAUUGCCAAACGUGUUAUGAAAUAAUCAGCUAAAUAACCGGGAGCCAGACCAUUUAGACAUUUAAAAACUAAAACUAAAUCAUUAAAUAAAAUCUUCUCGGAAACAUUCAGCCAUUUUAAAGAUCUACGACCCUCAGAAAUAUGGUCAAAUUUUUUUAACCCUAAAACAAGCCUGGCAGCGAAAUUCUGCUCUAAUUGCAGCUUAUGUAUGUUUGAUUUAGCUGUGUUUCCCCAUACAGAGGAAGAGUAAAAUAACUUGCUAAAAACAAAGCUAUUUAUAAGUAAGAUGAGUGACUUUCUGUCUAAGAAGUGUUUAUUAUUCAUUCAAAAUAUUUCCCCGAUUCUGAUUGGCUAAAAGCACACGUUUAAUUCACCAUAACCAGUUACUGAUGACCAAAUUUGGAAGAAUUUUGACUUUAACGAGGAAAUGACGUCAAAAAUGCAGCGUUUUCGCAGGUUAAGGCACCGUUAACCGAGAAGACCUGGGGACGAGGCUGAGUUGUUUUGGUUGUGAACUUGAAAAAAUGGCGGACAUUUCACUCGUUUCAAGAGUAAGAACUAGGCGAAAAAAUAGCUAAAAAACAUGGCAAGAACAGCAAGAAGACAACUCGAAGGGCGACAUCUGCUAUUUGAAGAAUAUUUGCGGAGCUGGACAAACCUAAAUGUACACUAUCGAAGAUGAACUGAACAUCGAUGGAUCGAUGGAGGUAAGCGUGUUUUAGCUAUGUUUUUUAACUAGGAAUUAUUUUGAAUGAAUAAUAAAACAGUUAUUGAAUUCGGCUUUCGUAUCAUAUGAAGAAUUAUGGAGAUCUCGGAGGGUGUUAUCCGCCUCGGCCUACGGCCUCGACGGAUAACACCCUCCUCGAUCUCCAUAAUUCUUCAUAAGAUACUCAGCCUCAUUCAUUAACUGUUAAUUAAUUACGAGCGACAAGAGGAGCCCGCAAUUAUAAUCUCCAGGUUGUUAUGACGCAUGCGUGGCAUUUAUGCAGCCAGCAUUCGUUUAGACUUCCCCUAAGAAUGAAUGGAAUGCACAUAACACAAUUUGAUCAUGCACGUUUGGACCUUCUAUUACUCGUAAUCUGUUCACGCGUGCUUUGACCAUCUGUCAAGUGCAACUUGCGCAAAGCACAGCGUUGGAGCCAAAGCCUUUUGACCGUCGAUCGUUGUCGCCCGCACUCCGUAACCUUUGGUUAUUACUAGUCCUAUUUACCUGUACCAAAACCCAUGUAACUCAGGGGUUUUGUUGUUGUUUUGUAUUUGGGUACAGAUUCAACUCAGCAAACCUAUCCCAACGUCCCUUACUGGAGAGGAACAGAUUGUAGUAGUUCCCAUUCUCCAUGAUAUACAGAACAACACGGUCCAACAAGCUGAGGUACAGCCUAAGACCACGGGGACUAGUUCGUCCGUAAGCUCAACUCAUGCCGCGAUCGUGACUUCAACUUUGAGGCGGUGGAGCGAAGUUACUCCGAGGACAGGUGAGGCUGCAGUCUAGAUUCAGAUAGUCCUUAUUGGUAUUAGCCGACGUUCCUGAAACGAUAGACUUCUUAGCAUGAUUAUGAUGCUAAUGUGGGGAGCUUCACGGCAAAAACACAAACAAGCAUCACCAAAUUGCUGCUCAAGUUUCAAACCUUUCCAGUAGCCACCCUUCUUGUAAAUUUCGUGCUAGGGUCGUUGUUUGUGUUUGUGGUGAGAGAAUAAUGGUCUCUCAAGCCUGUGGUUAAGUUUUGACCUAUGAAUCCCUUCCAACGUUAAACGUUUCCUUUGUUUUCCGCCAAAGCAGCCGAAUUUUUUUUCAUGUUUGUUUGUCUUCUCGCUGAGUAGUGUCUCGCAUUAACCUAGCAUUUACGCGCAUAGGGUGCGAUUUCUCAUUGAAAGGCUGGUUUUACGUUUGUGAAAGACGUGAGCAUUGUUUUGACUGUUUUUAAACUUUUUUCCCAAAUAAAUAGCUAGGCUAUUUUUGACGGUAAACCUGUUCAGUCAUUCUGUGUUUCAGUCUAUAUUCUGUAAAUCAGCAAACGAUUAAACUCGCUUUUAUAUGAACAGUAAUGUGCCAGACUUCACUUUUACAGACUGAAGGACAACUUUCCAUACAAACAAAUGCAGUAAAAACCGGAAACUAAGAACCUGGUUUUUAAGAACCUGUUAGGCUAAAAUUUGCUCCUUAGACGCCCUCUAUACAAGAACCUAUUUAACCUAAAAUUUGAAACUUGUUGUUAUUUCACUUCUAAAAUCUUUGAAAAAAAUUCUGUAUAAUUGGGCAAAUAAAAUAAGUCAACAUUCAGUGUCCUCUUUAGAGACAUAGGUGCUUUUUUACUCCAACUGCAGUUGUAAUGGUAUACAGCUUUUACCUAAGGAAUGAGCUGAACACCGCUAAAUACUCUUAGCUACAAUGUUUUUUUUUAUUAUUCAGAAAAUAAGAACCUAUUUAAGAAUCUAAAUAGCCUAAAUUUGUUCUAAUUACCAUUUAUGUAAGAACCUGUUUAGGCUAAAUUGGAAAACUGUAGGUUCUUAGUGGCGAGUUUUUACUGUAUAGGACGCCGGUGACUUAAUGUGAGUCAAACUGGUUCUCCAGCGCUACUCUUACAACCACGCUCACACACCUUACACUGGUAUUUGGUUUUGACUUAGCAACUGAUUGGAACAUGUUAAGGUAAUUCACUUGAAAAUGAUGUACCAUUCAGAGUUUUUUCAAACUUGGCACAAAUGUCAGCCAUAUAUAGGACAUUCAAAAACUGCAAUAAAAAGAUGGGGUCACCAUGCUUGUCUUCGCCCCGUGUGCUUGUAAUUCUGAGUGUUUUUUUGGUCCAGAAGCCAAGGUCAGAAAAUUGUAGUUUCGUUCAACCCACGGGUCAGAAAAAGUUUGACCCCGGAUUUUGGUAUAACAAGACCUCCUGAUUAUUGCCUAGUAAUUUGUUGAGUCGGUUUGUAGUACAGUUUUCGAUUAUAAAUGACUAAGAUAGUACGCGCGUUCUGAUUGGUUAAAAACUUAUGGUUUGUUGUGCCGGUUAACUCAUAGAAUUGGAUGGAAUUGGGGAUAACUCAUAACACAAAGCUUCCUUCAAAUUGAUUUGAAUAGUGUUAGCAGCAAUAUGUGGCCGCCAAAGAGGUCUUUGUCCGCGUUAUACAGUAAUAACCUUGUCAUCUGCAGCCUUAACAUUCACUUUUCUCGGACAUGGUACUAAAUGUCUUUACCUUCAAGCUUGGAACAUGAUCCCAAACAUUUACAGUAUUAAUGUACAAAGUUUUUCGUCUGUUCUCGACCUUUUUCACUACUGCUAACAACUAUUGCCAUAGCGAGUAAAUAACACAAAUAAAAAAAAGGGGUCACCGUUUCCUCGCAAAACGACAACAAAGGAACAAUUUCGUCUUCAAGGAGGAGACUGGGCGAGUUUCAAGACAAACAGUCUUUUAGCCUGACAGAAUUAUCAAAAUCGCUCUUAAAAAUAUUAGGACUGCAAAAGGAGCCAUAGUUACCUCUUUUUAGGCGACCGGUGAAAAUCACCGCCACCUUUGAAGUCGCAACACUAUGCGCAAAAGGUGAUGCACAGAGCAAAAUGAUAAAACACUAGACUCGCAGAAAGGCGAAUUCACUGGGCUGCUUACACUAGACAAGAAUACCGGUAAUGUGCUUUGCAAACGAGAGGUUUGCUUAAACAAACAGUCAACCGUCCAUUGAUCCCGAUCCUCGGGCUUCUUUGAUUGCACUGAGAUUUGAAAUAGACGAUCCCAAUUUGCGGUCUACCGUCUACAUGAAAAGGCAUAUUCUUUUUCCACUGGUUAAAAACUUUCAGCUUUAUGAUUUUUCUUUAACUUAAAAGAAUUAAAUCCUUUGCAUUUUGUGACCUAAAAGAGUCUAAAGAUUUCUCGCUCGCAUGUUGAUUUUAUCGGCACGCACUUUAAACAGUGUAAAGAGGGGAAACCAUCGAUCACACCUUUUUUACCGUAAUGCUGAUAUGAGUUGAAAAUUCGCUUGAGUUUGCCGUUUGUCUCACUCGUUAGUAACUUUUUUCGUGGCAGAAAAUUAUCCCGCUUUAUAAACUCCUCCGAAUUUUUGUGCCAGCUAAACAAUAUCGAAACAUUAUUAACAGUCCUUGGGUAUUAAAAAGACUGAACGAAACGCACUGUAAACGCACUAUGUACUCGUGAACUUGUUUAGGUCACAUGUACACGACCUCUUAAAUUGUUUCAAGCCAUUCAUCUCAAUGCACAGUAAAAAACAAAAAAUAUUCGUCAAGGAAAAAUCGUAUGAAAGAAGUUUUGAGAACAUACGGUAUCGUUUCUUCGUGCCAGGCCUCGUGUCUUCCCUCUCCCGGGUAUAAGUUUUUCUAUACAGCCGAUCGAAAACCAAAAUUACUAUUGGGCCUGCCACAGGCAGCCCCAGUAAUAAGGUAGAAUCUUGUUAUUUUGUGCGUUGGUAAAGACAUAGAGAAUCCUGUUCUGACUGUGGAGAUAUAAAACAGUUGACGUAAUCCCAUAAUCUCCGCGCAGGCAGGGCUGUCUUAUAGAUUUCAAAUUGGCCGGGAUUCAAAGUUAUUAGUUGGUGGGGAAUUACGAGGCUGUCUCAGUAAAAACCGCUCACUCAAUUUCGCGUGAAAAAUAAUUUUGCCUAAAACUCUGUCAAGUGAAAGGCUUUAUCGAGGAGAUAAUCUGUGGAGAUAUAAAACAGUUGACGUAAUCCCAUAAUCCCCGCGCAGGCAGGGCUGUCUUAUAGAUUUCAAAUUGGCCGGGAUUCAAAGUUAUUAGUUGGUGGGGAAUUAGGAGGCUGUCUCAGUAAAAACCGCUCACUCAAUUUCGCGUGAAAAAUAAUUUUGCCUAAAACUCUGUCAAGUGAAAGGCUUUAUCGAGGUUUGCUUUGAUUCACAAUAAUUUUCUGGCCGCGCUAGGGGGCGCUAAGUAUUUUUGUCCCGCCGCGGCCAAUUUGCACAUCUUGAAAAUUGAAAAUUAGGCAUUUUUUGCGGCGCUGUAAAAUGUUUGAUUUGUACCAUCUGCCAAUGCAUUUUAUACCUAUUUAUAAGGUAAACACCUCUAGUUUCUCAUGAAAGUAAUAGUUAUUCGCUAAAUUUAGCUGAAAAGACGAAAUCAAGAAAUAUAUGACCCCAAGUAAUUGCCUCGGAGCGAAAGGCCAAAAACGACCCUGGUUUAAAAGCUUAUUUUUGACGUUUGGGAAGUACUUGAAAGCUGUAGACGAAAAAGACGAAAAGAUAGAUCAUCCUUGAUGAUAAUUGAUUUGUUUACAUUCUUUUAAAGUUUGUUCCGAUGAAAUCAACAUUUGAGUAAUCAAAUCUUUAAAUUUUUCGGGUCGGUCUGUUCUAGUAAAACUUCUCGUUUUCAUGCAACACAGGUUUUAAGGUAGUCCAGUUAAAUCGCCGUUCGGCGAGUCUUGUUUCCCAUUUAAGUAGCUUAGUGGUCAUGCUCGUAGUUGCUGGAGGAAAUCCCCGCUCCCCGAAUCUUAGUGACGGCCCUUCCAGCGCGGGCGUGGUCCAGUGCUGCUUAUCUACUCUACUCUUAGUGAGAAGAACUCUUUCUUGUUUGUCUGUGAUAUUUGAUUGCAACAAUCCAUGAUUACUAAAGUUAGACGUCUCAUCAUUUUGUCUAGGUGACGAUCCUUGUUAUUUUGCUUCUUUUUUCAUUAGGUGAAUGUACUAUUUUCCCAGCUGUGUUGGAGCUAGCAAGAAAUCUAGACAUUCCGCCGCCAUAAACAAACGUUGGUUAAUUACAGCAUUGAAUUCUGUAAAAUAUAGAUCCAAAGCUGACCAAGUCAGUGUGUAAUAUUAUAUCUAAUAAUUAAGUGAAAAGUAAAAUGAGAAGAAAAACUAAACCUUACUCGACUUACCUGAAUUUGCUUUCCCAGUUUUUGUGUUUGUCCUCGCAGCUAUCGACCGACCAAUAGAAUGCGUUUUUCUUUUAUUGAAUCAAGUGCGUUGUGAUCGUGUCUUCUUC